AAGAAUAUGUGCGAUGCAUGGGUCUCACCAGUAACUCAAAGAUGACUACUCAUGAGAAGACACUCAGCAAGCAGCAGAGACCAUCUCUAAGAAUCCCAUUUGGUCACCAACGUAGAACAGAUAUAUUGCUCCUCAAAAACGGUCAAAUGAUGUUGAAACACCCACAAGCCUUUCCAAUGCUGGGAGAACUUCCUUCUUUGGCUGGCUUACUGCUCUACCCUGGUAAGCGGGAAAAGAUGGUAACCACAACAGAAACUGAAUUUGGACCCAAAACCUGCCCAAAGGUAGAGCCAAAGAAGAUCCUACAGUGCAGCCUAACUCUAGAUGGUGACAGGAGUUUCAGCACAACAAAUAGAGAGGAUUACCCUUAUUACAAACCAGAUGGCACUCCGAUCGUGUGGCAUGGAAAAGUCCCCGCAAGAGAAAACAGGACUGGCCAAAUACAGAGAUGUUCUCUUUACCAGCAGGACUUCCCAUCUCCAAAGAAAAUCUAUGUCAGGAGAAAUCAGGUUGUACCUCAUCCUGACAACCUGGCGAUCAACACUUCAAUGAGAGCUGAAUACAAAACAGUGCAGCAAGAGGCUUUCCCAGGCUGGGAUGUCUCUGUGCACGCACGCCCACCGCCUGCCCGACUCAAAAGAACAGCUGUAGCUGACUGAUGAAGGCCAGAGAAAACCAUCAAAGUGCAUUUAUACACUGGAUGCAUAAAUAACACAAAAAGCUUCUUUAAACCAUGCAUUUAUGUUAGUCAGCUUUACUUUUGUGUCUUUCAACUGUACUACAUGACAUUUAAUAUCUUUAGAAAAUAUAUUUCUGCUUACUUUUACAUUGGAAAAUGUCUUAUUAUACAGUACCGUUUAAAUGUUUGGGGUCAGUAAUAU